GUGGUGACUAUCACUUAUACUAAUAAAGUGCAUGCGUUAACGAAUGUGUCCGCAAUGUUAAUAUUUCAGUCAGGUUUAUUUGUUCGUAAAUGGUGUUUGGUUCCUUUCUCUAGUUGAGUGAUAUUUAAAUAUAAUCAGUAUUAAAAUUCAUCCUAAAUAUUUCAAUCUUAUGUGACAGUAAAAUGAAUAAAAGUUCACAUUUGCAUCACAUCUUGAAAAUAGAUUUGCCGUGAGGGGCAUUGUCUUAUUGUGAUUUGUACUCUGUUAAACCGGAAAAAAGUUUAAUCUUCCAAACCAGUGUUCUAACAGCAUUUCAAAAAUGAUCAAGGCUGGAAACAUUAUUUCAUUGAAUUCUCGGCUGGGAGCUUUUGGAAUUUCAUCUUCGAAAAAACAUCUAAAGAUGAGUAAGAGGAUAGCUUCCCCAUUGACAGCAGCAACAUUCGUUCGGAAAAUGUCCUCCGCACUCUUCGAGCAUCCCGAAAAAACUUCAUACGUGAACGGAGCAUGGGUGCCUGCAAGUUCGGGUAAAUUAUUUGAGUGCUUAAAUCCAGCCAACGGAAAAUCUAUCGGUUCUGUUCCCGAUAUGGACUCCAAAGACACCGAGGUUGCCCUAACGGCGGCUGCAGAAGCAUUUAAGACAUGGCAGAAAACGACCGCGAAGGAGAGGGGAAUCUUACUCAGGAAAUGGUUCGAUAUUUUAGAGCAAAAGAAAGAUACCCUGGCUAAAAUAAUCACACUAGAGGCAGGCAAACCAACGGCUGAAUCUCUUGGAGAGGUUGCAUACGGAAAUGCAUUUGUAGAUUGGUUUUCGGAAGAAGCUAGAAGAAUAAACGGUGAAGUUAUUCCGAGUCCAGUCAAAGAAAAGCAGAUGAUUUUGGUAAAACAACCAAUCGGAGUUGUAUCUUUAAUCACUCCCUGGAAUUUCCCUUACGCGAUGAUAACCCGGAAAGCAGGUGCCGCUCUUGCCGCCGGUUGCACUUGCGUCAUCAAACCUGCUGAAGACACCCCUUUCACUGCACUGGCUUUGGCUAACUACGCUCAUCAAGCAGGUAUUCCUAAGGGCGUUCUAAACGUAGUCACGUGUAACAGAUCAAACGCACCUCAGAUUGGAAGGACAUUAGCAACCAGUCCCGUCGUGGCAGGACUUUCAUUCACAGGAUCGACGGAGGUUGGGAAACUUCUGUAUGAGCAAUGUUCCGCUGGAGUGAAAAGAAUCGGAUUAGAGUUGGGUGGCAACGCUCCGUUCAUCGUUUUUGAAAAUGCUGAUUUGAAUGUUGCCGUUAACGGUGCCAUACCCGCAAGAUUUAGAAACUGCGGCCAGACCUGCAUUAGUGCGAAUAGGUUUUUAAUUCAUGAGGCAGUUUUCGACAAAUUUGUCGAUAUGUUUGCUGAAAAGAUUAAAAAUUUGGUUGUUGGAGACGGAUCAAAAUCUGAAGUGAAUGUGGGACCACUUAUCAAUAAAGCUCAAUUUACAAAGGUCUCCAGAAUUUUAACGGAUGCGAAAGAGAAAGGAGCUAAGAUUUUGUGUGGUGGCAAGCCUGCUCCACAGCAUGGAGAACUAUUUUUUGAGCCCACCCUCAUGACGGGCAUCACUCCUGAAAUGGCCUGUUAUUCAGAGGAAAUAUUUGGACCCCUUGCUAUUUGUAUUCCCUUCAAAACUGAGGAUGAAGCCGUUUCGAUAGCGAAUAGUACGAGGCGUGGUUUGGCUGGCUAUUUCUACACAUCGGACAUCAGUCAAGCAUGGAGAGUGGCUCGAGACCUGGAAGUUGGUAUGGUCGGCAUUAACGAGAGUCUAAUUUCUUCAGCGGAGGCUGCCUUCGGGGGAGUCAAGGAGUCCGGGCUUGGAAGAGAGGGUUCUUCGCACGGGAUCGAAGAAUAUGUCUACAUCAAAUAUGUCUGCUUCGGCAAUUUGAAGCUGUGAAAACAGCUAAAAAUAUCAAUUUUCUAACGAAUCGACUGUUGAAGCUGAAAAUUCUGCAGGAUUCUACAGAUAGGGAGAGAGAGAGAUUCUACACCGUAAAUGUAUUAAUCGCUGCUAAAACCCAGCGAGAUCAAACUGCAUUCACGCUUUAGAACAUUAAAUGGACUUCAUUUUGCAAUCAGGAGGUACAAUAUCUAGCUCAUAGGAUAAAAACACUUAUCUGCACAGGGGAACUAAGAGAACGUAUGCUAUUUCUAAAAUGAGCCAGAGAUUGUAGUUCCUAAUUGCAAAAUGUGGUCCAAAUGACCCUAAUGAUGCUACAUCGUCGGAUACAGUAUUGCUUUACUUUGUCAUUUAAUAUUCAUUCCUUUCCUGGUAAAAGUUGACUUUUCGGACAUGCUGUGUUUAGACACAGACUGAUACAAAAGAAAACAGGUAUAUUUCAAUUACAUCCCCUCCACAGUUGAGGUUGCGAAAUCUUCGAUGUUGCUGGAGUGGUGGCUCACAAAAUUUGUGCCGUCCAUUUUUUUAAAUUUUUUUCAUGCAUUGUAUCGAUGAGAUUAAGUUAGCCGUAUUAAACUGUUUGAUUUUGAAUUAGA